AAUCAGAGCGGCCGCUACGUCUGCACGGCCCGGAACGCCGUCACGGGGGGGACGUCUCAGCAGGGGACGGAUGUCGUCAUCGUCACCACGUGCCUCAGUGCCGGCGCUGUGGCGGGGAUCGUGAUUGGCUGCAUUCUGGCGCUCAUCUUAAUCAUCAUCGCCAUCUUCCUGCUGGUGCGCUGGCGGAAAGUUGACCGGAGGCUCAGACAAGCCGCAGAAAAUCCUAAACCAGACGGGUACCCUCGGCGCCAUGACCCUCCUCUCCAGCCAGCCCUGCCUCAGCCUCGUAACGGUCGCCCCGGCGACCAGCGGCUACACAGUCUGGACACGCUCCACCGCGGCGACUACGCGCUCCCACCGGACAGCUAUCGCGGCGUCGACAUACGCCGGCAUCAUCACCAAGGCAACGGCAAUGUGCCUCAACUCGACGGCCAGUUGAACACCAGCGCCUUUCCGCCAAAUGGCGUAGCGAACGGCGGUGCCUUUCCGCCAAACGGCAUGGCGUUCUGGCAAAAUGGAUGGCAGAACCCAAACGCGUUCCCGCAAAAUGGCCAACAGAACCCGAACGUUCUAAUACAGACGGGGCAGACGCACCCCAGCGGCUUGCCCCCCGCGGUCCACGUGAACCUGAACACGCUGCCCAACGCAAGUCAACAGCCCAACACUGUCCACGUGAAUCUAAAUACGUAUCCCAACGGAGGCCAACAGGACCCACACUCGCUACAACACAAUAACGAUACACAACCGCACGCUAGCCAGCACAAUAACCGCACACUGCAACACAAUAACCAGGACACUGAUCACACGCUACAACACAGUAACCAUCAAAACAUGGACAGCAUGGCUCAGAUCGUACAUUCAGACAGGGCUCCUCUUGCACAAACCGGGGUGUCGCAUCCCACGGAUAGAACUCGGAGAGCGUCUCAUAACCGCGCGAGCGACCACGACGACGACGCACUGGGCCGCGGCGAUCUGGUUCAGACCGGAUACUCGCACCUGGUCAACCCCGCCCCUGCCAGCAGGAGGAACGCCGACACGCAGACCUACCAGCUCGCCUCGAACCCGAGGCACGGGCGAGACCGCGACCCUGAGGGGACCCGCGGCGUUUCGCGCGACGCCCGUGACCUCGCCCGCUCCCAAAUGCCCUGGGACCGCUUGCGAGGCACCCCGGCGUACCCCAACGACGGGUUCCGGGGGGAUUCGGACACCUCCACCGACGAAUACCAGCCCCGUGGGCGGGGCAAGACUGACCGCUCGGACCCCGGGAGGCCGCCGCCCGACUCCGCCCCCAACGACCGGAGCAGGCCCCCCGCGGAGACCCGGACCGCCGAGCGGAGCCCCAGGUCACGUGCCAAAACCGUGACCCUGAAGCCCGACCCCUCGACUCCGCCCCCUCCGUACAACCAGGCAGGCCCUCACGCCCCUGUCCUCCCCCAGAACCAAACCGCGCGCCCCACGCGCUUCGCCCCUCAGAGCGAGGAAGUCCAGAGGACGGCGCCGCCGCGAGGCGCUGACCGGCAGCCGAUCGGCCAGCCGCUUCCCGCCGGUCACGCCCAGGCUGCUACCCACAAUGCACCGCAGCAGAGACCGCAAACGUUGCAGACCCCUGACGUGGCGGCGCAUGCCGGGACGUGGAAUUUAGACCCGCAGACACGCCCACAGCGCCAGGGAGACCAGCAGCAGGGGGCGCCGCUCGGACCCGGCGCCCAGGCACCUCCGGCGAGACAACCCGCCGCUCCCGCGCAGGUCCUCCAGGCUCCGCCCACCGCGGCACCGAACCCCAACCCCCUCACGCAGUCCGCCCUGCAGGCGCACACGGCUCAAACCCGCAACAACCCCUUCCGCAGCCGCAACCAGCAGACGGCCGCCGCCCUGCGGAACCCCGGGGGGGCCGCCCCGCCCCCUGCUCAGCCCCGCCCCCCGAACGCCGGUCCCGCCCCUCCGACCGCUCCGCAGGUGGCCGCCGUCGGCCGCCCCCCCACGCCCCCUCCCGUCCUGCCCCUGUCCCAGUUCCAGGCCCUGCCCAAAAAGCACCUCCCCGUGCCUGCUGCUCGGCCCCAGCCUGUCCCCGUCCCAGUCCCCGCCGCUGCCCCACACAGGCACCCCGCCCAACCGAAUCGACAGAGGCACCCCCAGAACGCGCCCAGACACCCCGCCCACGGACACCCUGCCCACGGGCACCCCCCCAACGGGCACCCCGCCCACUGGCACCCCCCCCACGGGCACCCCGACGCACACAGACAGCAGGCCGCCGGGGGCAGAGGGAGACGCUGAAAGAGAGGAGAGGAGAGGACGGCGGCGUGCAGCAUCGACCCGUCUCCCGCAUCAAGACCGGCGGCUAACGCACGCACGCACGCGUCGCGGGAAUCGAAGUUUUCCCCGAGCCGCUGGGAAAUCGGAGACGAUGUGCGCCUGGAUCGCCGCUUUUCUUCCGUGGUGCGGCUUUAUUGUCGAGUGACAGUGAGACUAAAUGUCGGAAUACAACGGAAAGAAAGGCCAGGGUGUUUAAAAAAAAAAAAAAAAAAAAA